AUGCACUGGGCAAAAAUACUGGGGGCGGUUGUCGGGGCUGCUGCCCUCUUGGGGCUGGGGAUCAUUCUGGGCCACUUUGCUAUCCCCAAAGCAACUGACCCUCCAGCCCCCAGCACUUCAGACUCCCAGGACUUGGACCUGGAGAUCCUUAACCUUGUAAUGCAACAACUUGAUGCCAGCAGGAUCCGAGAGAACCUUCGAGAACUCUCCAAGGAGCCCCAUGUGGCCUCCAGCCCUCGGGAUGAGGCCCUGGUGCGCCUGCUGCUGGAGCGCUGGCAGGAUACGGCAACUGGCCUGGACUCCGCCAAGUCCUAUGAGUAUAACGUCCUGCUCUCCUUCCCCAUCCGGGAUCAGCCGAACGUCGUGGAAGUUGUGGGCCCGGAUGGAACCGUCCUCCACUCCUUCCAACCCAGAGAGAAAAAUCUGACCAGGGAGCACGAGGGGCACAAUGUGUUGCAACCUUAUGCUGCCUAUGCACCCGCUGGCACCCCACAGGGCCUCCUCGUCUAUGCCAACCAAGGCUCUGAAGAGGACUUCAAGGAGCUAGAGGCUAAGGGAAUCAAGCUUGAAGGCACCAUCGCCCUGACUCGCUAUGGGGGCGUGGGGCGUGGCGCCAAGGCCAUUAAUGCUGCCAAACACGGAGUGGUUGGAGUGCUGGUAUACACAGACCCUGGGGACAUCAAUGAUGGGAAGAGCUUGCCCAGCGAAACCUUCCCCAACUCCUGGGGUCUGCCUCCCUCAGGUGUGGAGCGAGGCUCCUACUAUGAGUAUUUUGGGGACCCUCUGACUCCCUACCUUCCAGCUCACCCCUCUUCUUUCCGCCUGGAUAUUAACAACAUCUCGGGAAUUCCCCCAAUUCCUGCCCAGCCCAUUGGCUUUGAGGAUGCAAGAGACCUGCUCUGCAACCUCACUGGACCCCCUGCCAGUGCCUCCUGGAAGGGAGCCCUAGGCUGUGACUACAAUCUGGGGCCUGGCUUCAAGCAGGACUGGAGCUUCCCAGCAGGCAGCGAGGUGAAAGUGAGAGUUCACAACAGCCUGGAGCUGAGAAACUCCUCCAACGUCCUGGGCAUCAUCCAGGGGGCAGUGGAACCUGAUCGUUAUGUGAUCUAUGGAAACCAUCGGGACAGCUGGGUACACGGAGCCGUGGACCCCAGCACUGGUACCGCCGUCCUCCUGGAGAUCUCCCGAGUCCUGGGGACCUUGCUAAAGAAGGGCACCUGGCGACCCCGUAGAUCCAUCAUCUUCGCCAGCUGGGGGGCGGAGGAAUUCGGGCUCAUUGGCUCUACAGAAUUCACAGAGGAGUUCCUCAGCAAGCUGCAGGAGCGCACGGUGGCCUACAUCAAUGUGGAUAUCUCUGUGUUCGCCAAUGCUACCCUCCGGGCACAGGGGACACCCCCUGUACAAAGCGUCAUCUUCUCUGCCACCAAAGAGAUCAGUGCACCAGGUCGCAGCGGCCUCAGUAUCUAUGACAACUGGAUCCAAUAUACCAACCGCAGUAGUACAGUGUAUGGCCUGGUCCCCAGUCUAGGUACACUGGGUGCAGGCAGCGACUACGCCUCAUUCAUCCACUUCCUGGGCAUCUCUUCCAUGGACCUGGCCUACACCUAUGACCGGAGCAAGACCUCAGCCAGGAUCUACCCUACCUACCACACGGCUUUUGACACGUUUGAAUAUGUGGAGAAGUUUCUGGACCCUGACUUCAGCAGCCACAAAGCCGUGGGCCAGACUGCUGCGAGUGUGCUUCUUCGGCUCAGUGACAGCCUCUUCCUGCCCCUCCAUGUCGGUGACUACAGUGAGACGCUGCACAGCUUCCUGAAUGCUGCUCAGAGGGACCUCGGCACCCUACUGGAGCAGCACGGUAUCAGCCUGGAUCCCCUGGUGACCGCAGUGAAGGAGUUUGAGACAGCAGCUGCAGCCUUAGUCAGGCGCAUCUCAGCACUGCAGAACAGCAGCCCCGACCCCUUGCAGGUACGGAUGGUCAAUGACCAGCUAAUGCUCUUGGAACGGGCGUUCCUGAACCCAAGGGCUUUCCCAGAGAAACCGUACUAUAGUCACGUGCUCUGGGCACCCAACACAGCCUCUGUUGCCACAUUCCCAGGUCUGGCCAACGCCUGUGCUAGGGCCCAGGACACCAACUCCGGGUCUGAAGUGUGGGCUGAAGUACAGAGGCAGCUUAGCAUUGUAGUAACAGCAUUGGAGGGAGCAGCAGCCACCCUGAAACCCGUGGAGGACCUCUGA